AUGGCCUGGGUCACCGUAGCUCAGGAAUAUUAUUCUGCUGCAAACGCACUCUCCAGUGAAUGCCGCCUUACCAGUCUUCUCUUUAUUCCAGAGGCUGAUUGUCCGCAGACGAAGUCCGAGGGAGAACCAGAACACCUCCUCCUGGACACAAAGGAGCAGAAACGCAACAAUGGAACAAACUGGAAGAGGGAGAACGAAUACUCUGCCUCUGAGGGUGCUGAAUCCCAGGUGAAACCUGAUAAAUGCUCGGAGAGUAGAAGGAGCUUGGGUUGGAAGAGAGACCAUCCUGGCCAUCAACGACUCCAUGGUGGGGAGACACAUAAAUGCCUGGACUGUGGAAAGACGUUUGCUAAGAAUUUCCUCCUCGCUGCACAUCGACGAAUCCACCGAGGGGAGGAACCAUAUAAAUGCCUGGAUUGUGAAAAGAGCUUUCCUUGGCGUUCACAUCUUACUGUCCAUCAACGAGUGCACACCGGAGAGAAGCCAUAUAAAUGCUUGCAGUGUGGAAAAAGCUUUGCUUCAAGUUCGCAGCAUACUAAACAUCAACGUAUCCACACUGGGGAGAAACCGUAUAAAUGUCUGCAGUGUGAAAAGAGCUUUGCUUGGUCUACAAAGCUUAUUGAACAUCAACAUAUCCACACUGGGGAGAAACCAUAUAAAUGCUUGGAUUGUGGAAAGAGCUUAGCUUCGAGUUCACAGCUUACUAAACAUCAACGUAUCCACACUGGGGAGAAACCAUAUAAAUGCUUGCAGUGUGCAAAAAGCUUUGCUUCAAGUAGGCAGCUUACUGCACAUCAACGUAUUCACACUGGGGAGAAACCCUAUAAAUGCUUAGUGUGUGGAAAGAACUUUGCUUGGUCUUCACAGCUUAUUGAACAUCAACACAUCCACACAGGGGAGAAACCAUAUAAAUGCUUGGAUUGUGGAAAGAGCUUUGCUUCAAGUUCACAGCUCAUGAAACAUCAACGUAUCCACACUGGGGAAAAACUAUAUAAAUGCUUGCAGUGUGGAAAGAGCUUUCUUUGGAAUUCACAGCUUAUUAUCCAUCAACGUAUCCACACUGGGGAGAAACCAUAUAAAUGCUUGGAUUGUGGAAAGAGCUUUGCUUCAAGUUCACACCUUACUAAACAUCAACAUAUCCACACUGGGGAGAAACCAUAUCAAUGCUUGCAGUGUGGAAAGCGCUUAGCUUCAAGUUCUCAGCUUAAUAUUCAUCAGCGUAUCCACACUGGGGAGAAACCAUAUAAAUGCUUGGAUUGUGGAAAGAGCUUUGCUUCAAGUUCACACCUUACUAAACAUCGACGUUUCCACACUGGGGAGAAACCACAUCAAUGCUUCGAGUGUGGAAAGAGCUUUGCUUCAAGUUCACACCUUACUGUCCAUCAACGAAUGCACACUGGGGAGAAACCAUAUAAAUGCUUGCAGUGUGGAAAGAUCUUUGCUUCAAGUAGGCAGCAUGCUACACAUCAGUGUAUCCACACUGGGGAGAAACCAUAUAAAUGUCUGCAGUGUGGAAAAAGCUUUGCUCGGAAGACGUAUCUUAGGGCCCAUCAACGUAACCACACUGAGGAGAAACCAUAUAAAUGCUUGGAGUGCGGAAAGAGCUUUGCUUGGAAUUCACGGCUUGCUAAACAUCAACGUGUCCACACUGGGGAGAAACCAUAUAAAUGCUUGGAGUGUGGAAAAAGCUUUGCGUGGAGUGCACAGCUUACUAAACAUCAACGUGUCCACACAGUGGAGAAACCGUAUAAAUGCUUGGAGUGUGGAAAGAGCUUUGCUCAGAGUUCACACCUUACUUACCAUCAACAUAUCCAUGUGUCACAGACACUGAGGACUGAUACAUUAUCUUCUUCAGGCGCAGAGGAGAAAUGGAGGCGCAGGACCCAGGAGGACCUGGACCUGCCAAGAGAGCAAGGAAAGACCCCCAUCCUGACCAAGCUGGCAGAACAGAGUUGGGGUCCAUCCGUGAAGAUGGAAGCUGAGCUCUGUGCGAUGGAAAGAGCUCCCUUGGAGGAAGGGCAGCCGGCCCGAGCCCAAGAGCGCGCCCAAGGUGCCCUCUCUUGCGCCUGGACUCAAGGGCUUGUGCGAGGGCCCAGCCGGUGGGAGAAUAGCCUGCCUGGGCCUCUGGUAGUGAAGAGACAGUGUUCAACCAUUCUCUUUGCAGAGGUGUGGAAACUGCUGCUGUACCUCCAGUCCAGGUAG